UUCACUGGCUGCAGUCAUGCCAUGCCGCACGUCCUGAGAUUCGGUGGGAUUUUUGAGUCUAUUGAGAGUGGCCCAUCUGGUGCUGAGGAACUGGCCUUCAAAUUUGCACUGAACACCAUCAACAGGAACCGGACACUGCUGCCUAACACCACGCUCACCUAUGACAUCCAGAGGAUCAAUGUCUUUGACAGCUUUGAGGCCUCAAGGAAAGCUUGUGAGCAGCUCUCUUUAGGUGUAGCAGCCAUAUUUGGGCCAUCACAAAGUUCCUCAGCCAAUGCAGUGCAGUCCAUCUCCAAUGCACUAGGAGUACCACAUAUCCAGACCAGAUGGAAACACCAAGUUUCAGAUAAUCGUGACUCGUACUAUGUCAGUCUCUACCCUGACUUCUCCUCCCUCAGCCGUGCCAUCCUGGAGCUUGUUUACUUCUUCAGGUGGGAGACAGUUACAGUGGUGUACGACGACAGCACGGGUUUGAUUCGUUUGCAGGAGCUGAUCAAAGCUCCCUCCAGAUACAACAUCCGUCUGAAAAUCCGCCAGCUCCCUGCAGAGAAUAAAGAUGCCAAACCACUUCUUAAAGAGAUGAAAAAAGCAAAAGAGUUUCAUGUAAUCUUUGACUGUGGCCAUGAGAUGGCUGCGUGGAUACUCAAGCAGGCUCUCUCUAUGGGAAUGAUGACAGAGUAUUAUCACUACAUCUUCACAACACUGGAUUUGUUUGCAUUAGACAUGGAGCCCUAUCGCUACAGCGGGGUGAACAUGACUGGUUUUCGGAUCCUAAAUACGGAGAGUGCUCAGGUGUCUUCAAUAAUAGAAAAAUGGUCCAUGGAAAGACUACAGGCCCCUCCAAAGCCUGACUCAGGACUGUUGGAUGGAUUCAUGACGACAGAUGCGGCUCUGAUGUAUGACGCGGUGCAUGUUGUAGCAGUAGCCGUGCAGCAGGCGCAGCAGAUCACUGUGAGCUCUCUACAGUGUAACCGACAUAAGCCCUGGCGCCUUGGAGGGAGGUUCAUGAGCCUCAUUAAAGAGGCUUCGUGGGAUGGUCUGACAGGGCGAGUUCUCUUCAACAAAACCAAUGGCUUGAGAACGGACUUUGAUCUAGACGUGAUCAGUCUGAAGGAGGAAGGGCUGGAAAAGAUUGGCACAUGGGAACCUCUGAGUGGCUUAAAUAUGACAGAGCAUCACAAGAGUAAAGCAGCCAAUGUUACAAACUCCUUGUCCAACAAAUCACUAAAGGUCGCCACUAUUCUGGAAGAACCUUACGUGAUGUUUAAGAAGUCGGAUAAACCUCUCUGUGGCAAUGACCGCUUUGAGGGCUAUUGCGUGGACUUGUUGCGUGAGCUCGCUGGUAUUCUUGGAUUCCAUUAUGAGAUCCAACUGGUGGAAGACGGGAAGUAUGGAGCAUUAGAGGAGAGCACAGGCCAAUGGAACGGGAUGGUGCGAGAACUUAUGGACCAUAAAGCAGAUCUGGCAGUGGCUCCCUUGGCUAUAACAUAUGUGAGGGAGAAGGUGAUCGAUUUUUCUAAGCCCUUCAUGACUCUUGGCAUCAGCAUCCUGUACCGCAAACCCAAUGGCACAAACCCUGGCGUCUUCUCCUUCCUCAAUCCCCUUUCCCCUGAUAUCUGGAUGUAUAUUCUGCUGGCUUACUUGGGUGUCAGUUGUGUGCUGUUUGUCAUAGCCAGGUUCAGCCCAUAUGAGUGGUAUAAUCCUCAUCCAUGUAACCCUGAUUCUGAUAUGGUGGAGAAUAAUUUCACUCUGCUAAAUAGUUUCUGGUUCGGAGUUGGUGCUCUCAUGCAACAAGGGUCUGAGCUGAUGCCCAAGGCUUUGUCUACCAGAAUAGUUGGAGGAAUCUGGUGGUUCUUCACUUUGAUCAUCAUUUCAUCAUACACAGCAAACCUUGCUGCAUUCCUCACUGUGGAGAGAAUGGAGUCUCCCAUUGACUCAGCUGAUGACCUGGCCAAGCAGACAAAGAUCCCCUAUGGUGUAGUUGAAGAUGGAUCUACCAUGACAUUCUUCAAGAAGACAAAGAUCUCUACUUAUGAUAAGAUGUGGGAGUUCAUGAACAGCAGGAGGCAAUCUGUGAUGGUAAAGAGUGUAGAAGAGGGCAUCCAUCGAGUGCUGACUUCUGACUAUGCAUUCCUCAUGGAGUCCACCACAAUCGAGUUUGUCACUCAACGCAACUGCAAUCUUACACAGGUUGGAGGCCUCAUCGAUUCCAAGGCCUAUGGUGUAGGAACACCUAUGGGCUCUCCUUACCGAGACAAGAUCACAAUAGCGAUCUUGCAGUUGCAAGAAGAAGGAAAGCUUCACAUGAUGAAAGAGAAAUGGUGGCGAGGAAAUGGUUGUCCAGAGGAGGAAAGCAAAGAGGCAAGUGCACUUGGAGUGCAAAACAUCGGGGGCAUUUUCAUCGUGCUCGCUGCAGGCUUGGUCCUGUCUGUUUUUGUGGCAGUGGGGGAAGUGCUAUACAAGUCCAAACAGAAUGCACAGAUGGAGAAGCGAUCCUUUUGUAGUGCCAUGGUGGAUGAGCUAACUGUGUCUCUGAAGUGUCAGCGGCGACUCAAACAAAAACCUCAGCCUCCUGCCAUUGUCAAAACUGAGGAAGUGAUAAACAUGCACACCUUCAAUGACAGAAGACUGCCAGGAAAAGAGACCAUGGCUUGA